GAGUGCUGUGCGGCUGCGCAGAAGCCGACUUUUGAGGAGGCGGAGCUUCGUCUUUCGUCCGCUGGCAAAGCGGUAGGAUUGGCUAGUGGCGACAGCAGAAAACGAGCCUGAGCCCUGUCGGGGCUUUGGGCUUCAGAUUCCUGACUGACCAAAGUGACUUCAAAAAGGAGGGAAAAUGGCUUCUGAAUCUGAAACCCUGAAUCCAAGUGCUCGGAUAAUGACCUUUUAUCCAACCAUGGAAGAAUUCCGGAACUUCAGUCGAUACAUUGCCUACAUUGAAUCCCAAGGAGCUCAUCGUGCUGGACUAGCUAAGGUUGUUCCUCCAAAAGAGUGGAAGCCACGAGCAUCCUAUGAUGACAUUGAUGAUCUGGUCAUCCCUGCACCCAUCCAGCAACUGGUAACAGGGCAGUCUGGCCUCUUUACUCAGUACAACAUUCAGAAGAAAGCCAUGACUGUUCGAGAGUUCCGCAAGAUUGCUAAUAGUGAUAAGUACUGUACCCCACGGUAUAGUGAGUUUGAAGAGCUUGAGCGGAAAUACUGGAAAAAUCUCACAUUCAACCCUCCAAUUUAUGGCGCAGAUGUGAAUGGUACUCUCUAUGAAAAGCAUGUUGAUGAGUGGAACAUUGGCCGGCUGAAGACCAUUUUGGAUUUGGUUGAAAAGGAGAGUGGGAUCACCAUUGAGGGUGUGAACACCCCAUACCUGUACUUUGGCAUGUGGAAGACUUCCUUUGCCUGGCAUACAGAAGACAUGGACCUGUACAGCAUCAAUUACCUGCACUUCGGAGAGCCAAAGUCCUGGUACUCUGUUCCACCUGAGCAUGGAAAACGAUUGGAGCGCCUCGCCAAAGGCUUUUUCCCAGGAAGUGCUCAAAGCUGUGAGGCUUUUCUCCGCCAUAAGAUGACCCUGAUUUCCCCUUUAAUGCUGAAGAAAUAUGGCAUUCCCUUUGACAAGGUGACUCAAGAAGCUGGAGAGUUCAUGAUCACUUUCCCUUAUGGUUACCAUGCCGGCUUUAAUCAUGGCUUCAACUGUGCAGAGUCUACCAAUUUUGCCACCCGGCGUUGGAUUGAGUAUGGCAAACAGGCCGUGCUGUGCUCCUGCAGAAAGGAUAUGGUGAAGAUCUCCAUGGAUGUGUUUGUGAGGAAGUUCCAGCCAGAAAGAUACAAACUUUGGAAAGCUGGGAAGGACAGCACAAUUAUUGACCAUACCGUGCCUACACCAGAAGCAGCAGAAUUUCUCAAGGAGAGUGAACUUCCCCCAGGAGCUGGGAAUGAGGAGGAAUGCCCAGAGGAGGACAUGGAAGGAGUUGAAGAUGGAGAGGAGGGAGACCUAAAGAGAAGUCUGGCCAAGCACCGUAUAGGGACAAAGAGGCACCGGGUUUGUCUUGAAUUACCACAGGAAGUAAGUCAGAGUGAGCUCUUCCCCAAGGAGGAACUGAGUUCUGGACAGUAUGAAAUGACAGAAUGUCAGGCCACCCUUGCUCCUGUGAGGCCCACCCACAGCUCUGUGCGGCAAGUUGAGGAUAGCCUGCCCUUCCCAGAUUACUCUGACUCCACUGAUGUUAAAUUUGAAGAGCUCAAAAACGUCAAGCUAGAAGAGGAGGAUGAUGAGGAGGAACAAGAGGCAGCUGCUCUGGAUCUUUCUGUGAACCCUGCUUCUAUGGGAGGACGCCUUAUCUUCUCUGGUUCCAAAAAGAAAUCAUUUUCUAGCCUGGGAUCCAGUUCUUCUCGGGAUUCUCUUUCUUCUGAUUCAGAAACCAGUGAGCCACUCUCCUGUCAAGCUCAAGGGCAAACAGGAGUUCUCACUGUGCAUAGCUAUGCCAAAGGGGAUGGCAGAGUCACCAUGGGAGAGCCAUGCAUCAGGAAGAAAGGCAGUGCCCCCAGAAGUAUCAGUGAACGGGAGCUGGCAGAGGUUGCAGAUGAAUACAUGUUUUCCCUGGAAGAGAAUAAGAAGUCAAAGGGUCGCCGACAGCCCUUAAGCAAGCUUCCACGCCAUCACCCACUGGUGUUACAGGAUUGUGUCAGUGAUGAUGAGACCUCUGAACAGCUGUCCCCUGAGGAGGAGGCUGAGGAGACAGAGGCCUGGGCCAAGCCCCUGAGCCAGCUGUGGCAGAACCGACCUCCGAACUUUGAGGCUGAAAAAGAAUUCAAUGAGACCAUGGCCCAGCAGGCCCCUCACUGUGCUGUCUGUAUGAUCUUUCAAACGUACCAUCAGGUUGAGUUUGGAGGUCUUAGUCAGAACUGUGGAAACACUUCAGAAGUAGCCCCCCAGAAGCAGAGGACCAAGCCAUUGAUUCCAGAAAUGUGCUUCACCUCAACUGGCUGCAGCACAGACAUCAACCUUUCUACUCCUUACCUUGAGGAGGAUGGCACCAGCAUUCUAGUUUCCUGCAAGAAGUGCAGUGUCCGGGUCCAUGCCAGUUGCUAUGGGGUUCCCCCAGCCAAAGCUUCUGAAGAGUGGAUGUGUUCUCGGUGUUCAGCCAAUGCCCUGGAGGAAGACUGCUGUUUAUGCUCCUUACGAGGAGGGGCCCUACAGAGAGCAAAUGAUGACAGAUGGGUUCAUGUUUCAUGUGCUGUGGCGAUCCUGGAAGCAAGGUUUGUCAAUAUUGCAGAAAGAAGUCCUGUGGAUGUGAGCAAAAUCCCCCUGCCCCGCUUCAAACUGAAAUGUGUCUUCUGUAAGAAGCGGAGGAAAAGAAAUGCUGGCUGCUGUGUGCAGUGUUCUCACGGCCGUUGCCCAACUGCCUUCCAUGUGAGCUGUGCCCAGGCUGCUGGAGUGAUGAUGCAGCCGGAUGACUGGCCCUUUGUUGUCUUCAUUACCUGCUUUCGGCACAAGAUUCCCAACUUGGAGCGUGCCAAGGGUGCCUUGCAGAGCAUCACUGCAGGCCAGAAGGUCAUUAGCAAGCACAAGAAUGGGCGCUUCUACCAGUGUGAGGUGGUCAGACUCACCACUGAGACCUUCUAUGAAGUCAACUUUGAUGAUGGCUCCUUCAGUGACAAUCUGUAUCCUGAGGACAUAGUGAGCCAGGACUGCCUACAGUUGGGUCCUCCUGCUGAAGGAGAAGUGGUUCAAGUGAGAUGGACGGAUGGCCAAGUCUAUGGAGCUAAAUUUGUGGCCUCCCACCCCAUCCAGAUGUACCAGGUGGAGUUUGAGGAUGGCUCGCAGCUUGUGGUUAAGAGAGAUGAUGUAUACACGCUGGAUGAAGAGCUUCCCAAGAGAGUCAAGUCUAGAUUGUCAGUAGCCUCAGACAUGCGCUUCAACGAGAUUUUCACGGAGAAAGAGGUUAAGCAGGAAAAGAAACGGCAGCGGGUAAUCAACUCGAGGUACCGAGAAGACUACAUCGAGCCUGCACUGUACCGGGCCAUCAUGGAGUAGGCAUUUCCAAGGUCCAAGAGGUUCCCAGCCAUCAAGGCGAGAGCACUCGGGUUCCACAGCACAGCAGACACUCGGAACUCUGAAGUCUUUAAAAGUGAAGUUGUAAAAAAGAAAAGGAAUGAAAUAACCAACCCCAUCACCUUCUCACCCCAGCUGAAUUGCAUUCCGCUGUAGAGAAAUGACAAGCUGUUUUUGGACAUGUGGUAGCAGCCGUUGAUCUCCCAGCUGAGGGGCUGAGCACUGGAAUGCUGUGGCUGCAUUAGCCCCCAGUCUGAAAAGGUGUCAGCUGUGCUGGCUGGGCGGGUUCCCCUGUUCCUGGCCUAGGACUUAGCUUCCUGCCAAGCACCUGCACCGACCAGGCAGAGGUGCUGGUGCUUGACCUAAAUCUCCUUUUGUAUUUAUGUGUAUAUGUGUAUGUGUGUGUGUGUGUGCACGUGAGUGUGUAUGAGUGAGUGUGUGUGAGUAUGUGUGUGUGUGUUUGGGUGUGUUUGGGUGUUUGGUCUGGACCAGCUUCUGUCAGCCCCUGGCCUUUACUUUUUUCUUGCCUCUUCAGGGCAAACAAAAUGUGAAAUUCCGCCCUCAGCUGAGCUGAGUAAGGGCCCCUGUGGGUUGGCUGAAGAUGGGUGUAGCCAUCUAUUCAGGCUUGGAAAGGCCUCAGGAGUGCUGGCAAAGCUGCAGUGUUGAGAGGCUAAGGAGUUGAUGCCACCUUUGUCCUCCCUUGAGGAGAAUACAAGGGUAACAUGGAUAUUUGCCCGCAAUACUCUAGGCACAGAACCCCUGUGGCACAGUAUUACUUGGUGUGAGUAGGGAAUACCCCAAAGGGAGGAUUUUAAUGAUGGAAGCAGGCAGAGCCUGGUAGGUGAUUCUGUCAACAGAAAAUUGCAAUCAUGCAGGGGCUGGGAGGGUUAGAGUGAAUUGGGGCCACUGGAGGCUAGGGGCAAGUAUAGAUAUGCCCUUGGUCUUGGGGUGGGAGGGUGCUGAUUUGAGGGUGGGGGGUGGGAAUAGAGGGCAACACUGAAGGGGUUAAACAGGUUUUUGCUCCUCUUGAAUUUGUUUGCCUGGGCCCAGGAUUGUAGGGCUUCAUACUUAACCCUAUGUAUACAAGAAUCAAAUUUAUAAACUUCCCCAUUUUUUGUUACGUAUGAACGCUAUAAACCAAAUUAUUUUGAAAACUGGUGCAUCACCUUGUCCUUAGCAAUAAAAAGUGUGUUGAGCAGAUUGGCUGUGUCUGCCCCAAGGAGCCCAAGUGGCCAAGGGUCAGGCUGGGGUUUAUCAAGAGUCAUAUGCUCUGGAACAGGGCUGUGUAUUUAAAGAGUCCAUGAAGCAGAGUUUGGAAAGUGGUUCCAGGAGAGGGCUCCCUUCCUUGUUAGGCUCCAUGGGCAUUUCUGGCUAUGAGCACCUCUUUUUGCUUACCCUGCCCUAGAGGUGGCCAAGGGGAGGUAAGGGUGGAAGGACCAGACUACUGAGUCUUCUCAACAUAGUUUGAUUUCUCAUUUCCACCCCAUUUGAUAAAUCCUAAACUGGGCUAAGUCCAUGCCAGCAUCUGUGUUUCAUACAUGUUGUGGAACCAAUUUGAAAGAAAGGAGUGUUUACAUUCUAGGUACUUGGAGAGCAAGUGACUUGUACACAGUUGGGUUCUGAAGUUGCUCUCCAAGCUACCUAUAGUUGGUGAAAAGCUUCCCAGGAGGAAUAUCCUCUUUGCCUUAAGGUUGAUGGGGACAAAGAUAGGGGAGCCUCAAGGCAGGAAGGGGACAGUAAAUAGGUGUCAGAUUCUGGUGCAACAUAGCAGUUCUAGCUGGCCUUCAGAGGUGCUUCCAGUGGCGUGUCCCUGUCCAGGUACAGGAGAUGAUUUGAGUCAGCUCAGCUACCCAGUGCUUCAUGUCCCUGGGACUUGGGAGGUGGCUGCUACUUGGUACUGAUUGUAGGGGAAGGGAAGAGCAAAAGGUUUCAAAGAUGCUUUUCUAUACCAACUCCUGGUGUCAAGGCAAGGUUGACCCUUUGCCUUUUACUCAGGGAGUCUCAGAGGAUGUGCCAGGAGAGGCUGGGCAGAGCCUGGACUUAAUGGAAUGUUCAGUGGACCCUGGGAGCACACAUGUUUGCAGGGGAAAAAACACUAACCUAUCUUUCUCCACAGGGUCUAGGCCUCCCCAAUGCUCUCUGACCCUGCUGUCCCUAGUCAUACUGAAGGACCUGCAGCCAAGGUGUCUGAUUUAAUACCAGUAAAAUUCUUAAUUAGAAGCCAA